UAAUUUUGAAUAUUAUAAACAUAGUAUAACUUAAUAACAGUUCUUUUUCAUGUAAGAUCUUAUGUAUCCUAGUCUAACCUUAAACUAUGUAGCUACGGACCCUUGAGCCUUAAAAAAAAAAAAAAAACCACAAACCUUUGAGUAGCUUUUUGUUGUGUAUGUAUCUGUAUGUCUGUGUAGGGUGGGAUAGAUACAUGGUGUAUACCUGGAAGUCAAAAAACAGCUUGGCGGAAUUGGUCUACUUUUUACAUGGGUUCUGGUAUCCAGCUCAGAUCUGUAGGCGUGUGUGGCAGGCACUUUGACCUCCUGAAACAUCUUACCAGUCCCCUAAUCAUGUUUUAAAGACUUGGAUGUUGUCUUAGUCAGGGUUUCUAUUCCUGCACAAACAUCAUGACCAAGAAGCAAAUUGGGAAGGAAAGGGUUUAUUCGGCUUACACUUCCAUACUGCUGUUGACCACCAAAGGAUGCAGGACUGGAACUCAAGCAAGUCAGAAAGCAGGAGCUGAUGCAGAGGCCAUGGAGGGAUGUUCUUUACUGACUUGCUUCCCCUGGCUUGCUCAGCCUGCUCUCUUAAAGAACUAAGACUACCAGCCCAGGGAUGGCACCACCCACAAGGGGCCUUUCCCUCUUGAUCACUAUAUUGAGAAAAUGCCUUACAGUUGUAUCUCAUGGAGGCAUUUCCUCAACUGAAGCUCCUUUCUCUGUGAUAACUCCAGCUGUGUCAAGUUGACACAAAACUAGCCAGUACAGAUGUAUACUUCAUGUUUUAAAGACUUGGAUGUAUACUUCUUCAUAGAGUGCAGUUCUGGCUUUAACCCUUAGCACUCUAAAAAGGCAAAAUAUCACUGUGUGCUGCUUUCAUUUGUGUUUGCUUCUGGCUCUCUUUAUUAUUUUUAACUCUUUCAUUGCCUACCAAUUUUUUUUUAAUAAUUAUUUUUGGGUGUAUUAGUGUUUUGCCUGCAUGUCUGUCUGUGUACCAUCUGUGUGCAGUGCCUUUGGAGGACAGAAGAGCCCAUCAGGUCUCCUAGAACUUGUUACAGACAGUUAACGACUGCUGUGUGGGCUGGGAAUUGAAGCCAGAACUUCUGGUAGAGUAGCCAGGGCUCUUAACCAUGAAGCUGUGUUCCCAGCCUCUACUUUUUUGUUGUUUUGAGACCAGAUCCCCAUAAAUUAUCCAGGCUCAUUUGGAACCCAGGCUUCCUGCUCCCCAAGUAGCUGACGUUUGUUCAUUUAUUCAGCACUGCUGAGAGUUGAACUUAGGCUCACACACCCUUGCGUUUAGAAAGUACUGUACUAGUUAGCUGCCCCAGCCAGGCUUUGACUCAUCUCAUUCUCUCUUAAAAAAUUAAAGUGACUUCUUUCAUUUCACUUUAUUUGUAUGGGUGUUUUUUCUGUCCUGCUGUAUGCAUGUAUACAUGUGCACCACGCGUGUGCAGUGCCCAGCAAGGUCAGAGGAGGAGCAUUGAAUCUCCUAGGACUGGAAUUAGACUAUUGCCACCUCUGGAAGACCUUCAAGUGCUCUUAAGCACCAGAGUCAUCUCUCCAGCCCCUCUUUGGAAAAAAUAAUUAUACUGCCUGGUGUGGUUACACAGACAUUUAAUCUCAGCAAAUGGGCGGAUGGACUUGUCCAGCCAAGUUUACAUAAAGAGACCCUGUCUCAAAAAGGCAAAAAGCAAGUUUUAAUUAUGUGUGCGUCCCUUUAUGUGAAUAUGUGCACAUGAGUGCAACUGAUCUUAGAGGCCAGGAGUGUCAGCUUCCCUAGAGCUGGAGUUAGGGAGUUUUGAGCUGUGGUAUCUAGGAACUAAGAGUAAUCCAGCCCCAUGAUUCUCCUUAAAAGUAAAAGAAAGUACAUUUAUUCGUGUUUAAGAGCAUCCUUAUGCCAUGAUGUGCAUUGGGAAGUCAAAUUGGAUGUCUUGUUAAUCUCUGUCACGACCCUGGGUUAUCAGGGUUUCUUCUGAAGGACAGGUAAUGUUAAAAGCUGCUUAGUAGAAGCGUGAUCAAACCUCAGAAUGCGUUGAGAUGUUUCAGGAAGUAAUAUAAUACCUAGGUAGGACCGUGAAAGAGUGGGGUUUCAUCUCUUCUCUUCUCUUGCCCCCCUUUGUAUUCUUGCUCUUGUUUCUUGAGUGGACACUUAGCAUUUUUAGGUAAGCAUCAUUUUAGCUCUCCUUGGCAGUUCUUUUUUAGUGACUUGAGCACAGGUCCUUGUGUGUGCUUCACAAGCAUCAACUCUGAUGUUGAGCUACUUACUGAGAGAAUUGGUUAUUUUUGGGAUGCAACCUUUUUGAGAACCUAGUAAAGGCACUUGAUUUUCAUUCUAUAAGUGUGUACAUGUGGAUAGUGUUUUAUUAUUAUUAUUAUGGUUUUUUGAGACAGGGUUUCUCUGUAUAGCCCUGGCUGUCCUGGAACUCACUGUUUAGACCAGGCUUGCCUCGAACUCAGAAGUCUGCCUGCCUCUGCCUCCCAAGAGCUGGGAUUAAAGGCAUGCGCCACCAUGCCCGGCUAUUUUUUUUUUUUUUUUUAAAGAAAGAGUUUCUCUUUUUAAAGACAGGCUCUCACUAUUAGCUAUGGUUGGGCUAGAACUCAUUAUGUAGAUCAGGCAGACCUUUAACUCCCAGAGAUCCAUCCACCUGCCUCUGCCUUCUAGACUUACAUACCGCCAUGUCUCCUAUUAGUUGUAUUUGAAUACUAGUAGCUGUGGGCUCUGAAACCCCGUAAUCCUUACCGUUACCCUUGAACAUAGCUACUGUGUUCAGAAGCUUGCUUGGUUUCUAGACUGAAUCAACCAUUCUCUUGCGAUCCCACUAUUCCCUUCUAUAUUCAGAAGUCACUGUGUUGUGUGUACAGUGUGUUGUAAAUGGCACCAGGAUCCUCCCUAAAAAAAGAACAAAGUAAUUAGUUUGGUAACUGAGACCUGUGGUUUUCGGCUUCUGCCUCAUGAUGCUGAGGUUACUGGGACCUGCUAAGGCUCUUUAUGUCAUGCUAUACAGUUAUGGAAUCUGAUAGUAUUUUACAUUUUCUCUAGUAGUCACUCACUUAAUAAACUUUGACAGAUUACUGACGAUUUCUCUUGAUGCUGUGUUUCAGUUUAGUUAAAAGUAAUUUUGAAAAUCCUAGGUGAGCCUGUCACUCCCGUUACUUUAUUACAUCUGUUUUAUAACUAUACACAGCCCAAGACAGAGUUCCCAGGUAGCAUAGCCUAUCUAUGUAUUCCCUUUAAAGUUUGUAUUAUGCCAUAAUACAGGACAGUUCACUGCGGUCACCCAGUGUUUGAGGAGCUCGGCAGUGCCCAGCUGUGGUCUCACGGUUGAUGGAUGUGCUUUAGGCGGUAGUCUAGGGUAUGGAUUGUGAUUUUUGAGUAAUUUUGUCCAUUCCAGUUCUGGAACUUGGAUGUUUUGAGAGCUUGGUCUGUGAAACUAAGUACAAACUACACCUGUCUAUCUACAUAACUCUUUUAAAUUCAUUAUUUUUUCCAAGCUAAAUCGUUCACCUCCCUCACCUCUCUUGGUGAGUGGUACCACACAUUCUUCAUCUAGUUAGACUCUUGGGAUCACUUCCUUUUCCUUACAGACAUCUAGUCUUAACCAGUUUUUAUGUCUUAAUUUUUCUCAAGUUGAUUGUCUUAGUUAGGGUUUGCAUUGCUGUGAAGAGACAACAUGACCAAGGCAACUCCUGUUAUUAAGAAAAACAUUUAGUUGGGGCUUGACUUAAUACUUCAGAGGAUUAGUCCAUUAUCCUCAAGGCAGUAAGCAUGGCAGCAUGCAGGCAGAUGUGGUGCUGGAGGAGCUGAGAGUUCUAUACCCUUAUCCAAAGGUGGAAGGCAAGUAAGAGGCAGGUUUCUUCCACAUUGGGCGGGGCCUGAGCAAGGGAGCCUUAGAGCCCACGCCCACAGAGACACACCUCUUCCAACCAGGUCACACCUCCUCUAGCCAGGCCACACCCUGGGCCAAGCAUAUUCAAACCACCACUUAAAUACUUUAACUACAUGUAUAUAUGUAUGUAUGUGUAUAUGUGUGUGUGUCUAUACACACACACAUAUACACAUACACACAGAGUAUACACACACACACAUACACACACAGUUGUCUUUGUAUUUCAAAUACUGUUUGCUUGUUUCUGUGCUCUGUUUGCCUUCCCGUGUGGACCUCCUACAUGCUAACUGAGGCCUCCUCCACUGAAUCACUAUGGCUUGACAGUCUCACUGAGUUGCCCAGGCUGGCCUGCUGGAGAUGAUUGCUGUAGUGUAAAUCACCGUGCCCAGUUGGGAGUGGUGACUCUGGCACAUCGCUGAGUGAGAGCAGACGUCAGCCUGAAGGUGGGAGUGAUCUGAAGGAUCCUUUGCAAGCGCCACCAGAAGAGAAACCUUCAUCUUCUGAUUUAAUUUCUAGACUGUCUACCUCAUCUAGAAGGAGAUCCAUUAGUGAGACAGAAGAGAACACAGAUGAGCUACCUGGGGAGCGGCACCGGAAGCGCCGCAGGUCCCUGUCCUUUGAUCCGAGCCUGGGUCUGUGUGAGCUGAGGGAGAUGUGCAGCGGCGGCAGCAGCAGCAGUAGCAGCAGCAGCAGCGAGUCCACAGAGACGCCCUCGCAUCAGGAUCUUGACGAUGGCGUAAGUGAGCAUUCUGGUGAUUGCCUGGAUCAGGAUUCAGUUUCUGAUCAGUUUAGCGUGGAAUUUGAAGUUGAGUCUCUGGACUCGGAAGAUUACAGCCUGAGUGACGAAGGGCACGAGCUCUCAGAUGAGGAUGAUGAGGUCUAUCGGGUCACAGUCUAUCAGACAGGAGAAAGCGAUACAGACUCUUUUGAAGGAGAUCCUGAGAUUUCCUUAGCUGACUAUUGGAAGUGUACCUCAUGCAAUGAAAUGAAUCCUCCCCUUCCAUCACACUGCAAAAGAUGCUGGACCCUUCGUGAGAACUGGCUUCCAGACGAUAAGGGGAAAGAUAAAGUGGAAAUCUCUGAAAAAGCCAAACUGGAAAACUCAGCUCAGGCAGAAGAAGGCUUGGAUGUGCCUGAUGGCAAAAAGCUGACAGAGAAUGAUGCUAAAGAGCCAUGUGCUGAGGAGGACAGCGAGGAGAAGGCCGAACAGACGCCCCUGUCCCAGGAGAGUGACGACUAUUCCCAACCAUCGACUUCCAGCAGCAUUGUUUAUAGCAGCCAAGAAAGCGUGAAAGAGUUGAAGGAGGAAACGCAGGACAAAGACGAGAGUGUGGAAUCUAGCUUCUCCCUGAAUGCCAUCGAACCAUGUGUGAUCUGCCAGGGGCGGCCUAAAAAUGGCUGCAUUGUUCACGGCAAGACUGGACACCUCAUGUCAUGUUUCACGUGUGCAAAGAAGCUAAAAAAAAGAAACAAGCCCUGCCCAGUGUGCAGACAGCCAAUCCAAAUGAUUGUGCUAACUUACUUCAACUAGCUGACCUGCUCACAAAAAUAGAAUUUUAUAUUUCUAACUAUAUGACCCCCAAAUUAGACAACAUGGGUAUUAUUUUUAUACAUUAAAGCCAGAAAACUGUCUUAGUCCACAUAAAAUUCACUUAUAAUUUAUCCUGGAGAGUAAAUAUGGUGAAUAUUUUCUUCCUUUUUAGGGAAAUUUCACUUGUUUAUUUUAUAUUUGUGUUUUAAGUAAUUUGCAUUGGCUGUUUAUAUUUUCCUUAUAUUUUAAAUAAUCUCCGCUUGGAAGGACUUUGGAAGUGUAUGUGAGAAGUCCUUUCCAUCUCCUGCAGAUGAUGGUGGACCUUCCUCAUCAAGGGCUACAGAAGUACUUGAUUUCUGUUUUUUUUGUUAAUAAUAAGAACAUUUAAUUUAUUUAGUGUCUUUCAUGUAAAGAGUUAAAGACUAUGUGAAGGAUUGUAUAUUUAAGUUAUUGAAAUUCUGAAACUGUAGUAAUCUAAAAUGUGUGAGUUGUGGGCUGCAGAGAAGACUCAGCCAGUAAAGGCACCUGCUGUGUACACCCACUGACACACAUUUGAUCCUUGGAACCCCCAGGAAGAGUGAACCAGUUCCACAAAGUUGUUCCCUGAUCUUCAAAUGGAUGCACGCAUGCACGCACACACACGCGCGCGUGCGCACACACACACACACACACACACACACACACACACACACACACACACACACAGUUUUAAAGGCAUGAAUUGCAUCUGGUGGUAUGUAAGUGAAAACACACGCCUUAUUUUCCAGCAUUUUCAGCUUUUUGUCAUAGGGGUGUGGCACAAGUGUUGCAGUUUGUCCCAGGUUGAAAAGCCUGAGGCUGGUAGAAGCGCCUUUUUGCCUCAGCUCCGUGGUUCCUGGUGGUUGCCUAUGUUUCAGGCCUGUACUUAGGCUAGGUUUAGAAACCAGCCCAUUCAGAAAGACUGAAUCAGAACAUGGAUAAAGUGAACUCAUUCUAAGAUGACUCGUCUAUCCAUGUAGAUUAAUCUCCUGGUUCAUAAUAGGCCUCUUCCCUUUGAUUGAAGGGUCACGUCUAAGUAUAGAAAACAUAAAACUGUAAGGUAGAGGAAGCGAAGGAUAGCUUUGUAUUAAUGUUGCGUUAAAGCUUCAGAGACAAGAACAAGAACACUCCUCCCACGUGACAGCAUUUGAAUAGGAGGCGGUGGGUGCGGCAGCCUGGGCAGCUUCAGUCCCGAUUUACAAUAAAGUACCUUGUGUGUUAUUAGUUCUUAAAUGUUUAUUUAGAAAUGGCAUUGAUGUUAUUUAUUUGCAAAUAAAUGGUUUAUUGAAGAAUUGUGAAA